CUUGACGCUUCGGUCGUCGGUGGUCGGUAUUCUUCGGUGCUUCGGAAGAAAAUUGAACUAUUUUAGUCAACUAUAAUAAUAAUGUUCCGUGGUUCCUUGUGAGGUCGGUCGUUUUAAAAAUGGCUAGUUUAUCGUCAGCGUCCAAGAAUCACUCUAGGAAACAGAACAGUAGCAGAGAUCGUGAUAAAAACAAGUCCGUAGCAUCAGAAUCCGGAGGGUCCAGCCAGUGCGAUACCCCACCUCUCAUAGAAAAGGAUGGAGCCCCCUCGCAGGGCAAAUUUGCAGGUGUUGGGCCUGACUCAAUACUGUGCAUGGCAGAGCAGGUUGGUGCUGACCUCAAUGCAGAAGCAGCUACCAACCUUGCUGAGGAUGUCAGUUAUAAACUCAGGCAAACUAUUAGUACAAUUGCACUACACAGUGAGAUGAUGAAGAAGUCUUGUGUGGACGGCUGGGAUGUGAACACGGUGCUCACUUUGUCUGACACGAGCCCAGUGGUGGGUGCUACUGCUGCACUAUAUGCACCUGUGGGGGAGGAGAAAAUAUGCUCUGAAAUUGAAACUCUAAUAAAUAUAGCAGAAUACUCAAUGACAACACAAAGCUAUGUUUACUCGACACUGCCCACCGUGUCUGUGGAAUGGAUAACGGAUGAUAAAAGCUUAACCAACAAUAACAAUAUCAGUACCAGUUUACAGAUCUAUUUUACGAAAAUCGCUAGAGCAAUAUUAAGCCUAAGAAAAAGUAUCAGACAAGUAGCAGUGGACGACCUGGCAAAGAAUACUCGCAUUGGGCCAAUAAUACCGAAUCUCUUCAACCUAGUAGUGUUGGUACUAAACGAUGAUAACCUCAACGCGUUGAAUGUGCCCAGCAAAAAGCCCUUACAAUCGAAUGUUCUUGACAUGGUUGACGCGCUGUGCUCGAAUCCUUGCAGUUUGGACACUAAUAUACAACAACAGUUCCAGAGGCUAUUUCCAGUUAUGGUUUCGAAUAUAUUGGGUAAUGGCGUGCUAGCGGAGAAGAUGGUAGCUCUCUUAACAAAAAUAACACGAACCUGGCCCCAGUUCAUCACUGUAGGAAAAGGCAUUCUGUUCGACUAUCUAUCGCAAGGCACCAAGGAGCGUCUGUCGCCGCCGAUGCUGCGCUGCCUGACCGCGCUGGGGCGGUGCGCGCUCGUGGAGUGCCUUGCAGACAGCUUGGACUACAUCGACGACUACAUCCACACAUCCAGACGCGGCAACGCCUCGGAGCUGAGGCAAGCUGUUCUGGACGCGUCCACGUGCCUCCUGAGAUCUGAACCGACUACAUUUUUGGAAGACUAUGUGAUGACGGAUUAUAGCAUGUAUGAAAUGUUGGGGGACUCGAUUCUACCACGUAGAAUUUUGUUUCCUGCUAAUGAACCCAGUUCAAGUGACCAAAACGCCACAGAAAAGACUUCGGACGACGAAUUCGCAUAUCUGCCUCACAGGCCCGUGCUGAGGCGGCCCAAACUUAGACUCAUAUCACAUAGAAAAACUAACAGCAACAUACACAGGGAAAGUGUUUUCGAGCCAACAAAGUUCACUUUAAAAAAGAAACUCAUAAGUUUAAGAGUUAAAAACUGUCGUACUUUAGAUAUUUGUAAAAGGAAUCAUGAUCGGACUUUGUGCAGUGUUCAUACGAGUAGGAUAAACGGUGUUGUUGUAGCGAGUGGUCUAUUGAAUAGAUUUAGGUAUAGAAUAAGCAAACCUACCGAUUUUCCAAUAUUUGGAGCUUUAAUCAUGUAAAAUUGUAUAACUAUUUAAUGCAUGAAAUAUAAUUUAUUGUUGUAAAAUAUU